CAGGAACCAAACAGUCAAGAACCACCUCAACGAGGAACCAUGAACAACCCAACAACAGCAACACCACAUCCACCAGCAACAGCAGCAGCAGCAGCAACAACAACAACAAGCACUGCCAAAUCAACCACACUCGAACCGAAACCAAAGGAAAACAGGAACUCGAUCGACCAACUGAUCAAUAACUAUGAACGGACCACCACCUCAUCAACUGCAAUCAUCCUCCCUUCAACUCAACCAAGCCCACAAAAACCUACCAUCCCCCCGAACGAAAACCACAACAACAGAGCAACAGCAAGCCCCAAUCCAGAACAACAGGAACGUCUACUACACUCCAGCUCAACCCACUCUCAUCCAUCAGCCACUACAACCCCGCAUGCUGCCUACGUCCUUCUAGCCGAAUUUGAUAUUGAUACUGGUAGCGGGCUCAAACAUCAGUACCCUUCUCCGACCGGAACGGCAGAACAUGUCUUGGCCGAUCUCAUGCUUCCCGAUGGCGCACACGACCGUAACGAGGACUGGACGGUCUUCUUCCUCAACCAGACCCCCAGACUGACUGUCACAAAUGAUGUCACCUCUCUAAUCAACCCCAAUCAACCCCAACCCCUCAUUAUCAGCAGCAACAUCUCUCUUCACUUGAAUCAAACCCUUCAAUCCAACAACCAACUCCAAAUAAAACUGAUAACAAAUUACUCUACGUCAUCAGCCUCGUCCGGACCAAAAAGGAUACAUCAGUCAGAAGAGGGGCGAUUUGCAAGGCAAUGGCUGUUUGCUCGUAUUAUCCUUAUAUCCAAAUCUUCAAGCCAAUUCUGUUACUGGCGCUCGAAGACUAUUUUGUAAAUCCAUCAAUCGAUUGCCUUGCUCGGCUAUUUCACGCCAUCAACACGAUGGAUACCAGCGGCCUACCUGAUCUGACCUAUCAUGAAAGAUUAAUUCUUAGAUGUUCAGAACGCCAAGACAUGUUUGAGGAAAAAUUUACAAGCUCGUCAGGCGAGAAUCGGGAGCUUGCCGAUGGCCCCCUGUCGACAAUCGCCUCGAGUCAUAGCCAGAAUAACCUCAGUCUUCCCUCAUCAAAUUUUCCGGCCUUCUAUAACCCCCAGUCCUCGACUGGGGCCAAAGUCAGCUUCCCGGACUCGAGUCCAGGCACGCCACUCCUGCCAUCUUCCUCAUCAUUCAUCUCCUUCGACACUCGAUCCGUCUACUCCAAUCCGCCCCACCAGCGCACCUCUUCAGGCUCGUACUCAAACGCCAGCUCGGUCGAAUCUCCCGGGAAACCAACCUCUCAUCACGCUUUCAAGGGCUCCCAUAGUCGAACCACCAGCAAUCUGGGCAGCCAUCUACAAUCUUCAUCAUCUCAGUCUAAUCAACAGACCCCACUCUACACCUCUAACAACAGUACCCUCAACCAUUAUCGUACACCUUCCCAGAAACGGCCUCGUGACACUCAUUUUUUUGAUACAAAGAUUGAAUAUGCUGGCAAGGCUAUACCGGUUAGGAUUCCCUUGCAAACUUUCCCAGAAGAAGUAGGAGAAUAUUCAUUAAUCAAGCUGAUCCAGACUUUCUCGUCCCCGAAUGCGUUGAAUCCGAACGGUCCAUUCCACCCCCAUCUCCACUCUAGUGGCCCAUUCACCCACCCGAUCGUCUUUCUCUUCAACGCUCUCAUUACCCAGAAACGCAUCGUCUUCUUGGGCCAUGGCUUGCCCGCAGGUCAUGUUUCCGAAAUGGUUCUUGCCGCCUGCGCCCUUGGAUCUGGUUGUGGAGGUGUUCUCGAAGGCUUCAUUUCCAGAGCGUUUCCGUACUGUAAUCUGACAAUCUACGAAGACUUCAAAGUGGUACCUGGAUACAUAGCGGGGGUGACGAAUCCGAUUUUUGAGCUACACACAGAUGCCUGGGACGUGUUCUGUAACAUCGAGACCGGCAAGAUCACUGUCUCGAAAGAUAUUGCGAUGCCGCUCCAUUCCAUCCGUCCCUUCUCGCCCGCUCCGCCCGAACGCUCAACCACCGAACUCACUACCUCUAGCGGUGCUGUCCUUGGUGCCAUUGGAAAUACUCCUUCCUCGCUCUCUCAUAAGGACGACUCUCAUCUGCUGAAAAGCUCUAACGCUAUGGGAAGCAGCAAACACGAGGCUGCGGCUAAGGAUUCAUUGGAUAAUUUGUUAAUGGAAGACAUUCUGCAAGCGAUUCAAGCCCACUUUGGGGAGUCGAUCAUCCGGGCAAGGAUGAUGGACUAUGUACGACGAUUUAUAAGGAUUGGGUCACGAUGGGAGGAAGAUCAAUACGGGACGAGCGGGAUUGGAAUCAAGACGCUAUCCUUCAAGGUCCUUCCCACCCUCCGUUCCCGGACCAGCAGCUCUAACAAUAACACAACUUCUUCUAAUCAGUCGCCUAACCAAAAACUCAAUUCUUCUAGCCGCUCUCAACUCAUCAAUGAUAAAAUUAGAUUCCUCGGCUCGGGUGCUGUCUUCGUCGAUGAUGAAGUCGCUCACAAAAAGGAACUUCUUCUCAACUCGUCUAGGAUCGAAGGGUGGAGAGAAACUGACUCAUAUCAAAUUCUUAAAAAAAAAUUUGAGUUGGGGGGAGAGACGCAUUUCGGGUUUGAUAUUUCCCAUCAAAUUAGUCGUUUGAGAAUGUCUAGGAAAAUGCCAGAGGUAGAAGUGGAAACGAUUUAUGAAGUAUUAGUGAAUACGAUCGAGACGGAUGAACAAGUAGUUGAGGUAUUAUCAUGGUUACCUUCUUAUUUAGGUGGCCUAUUACCGCUCAGUUUCGGCCUCUUUCAUCCGUCCAAAAAGAUUCGAAGCUUGAGUGUAGAGCUGAUACGAAAAUUCGAAGCACAUCCGAUUGGACAAAAGUUCUUCAAGAGUUUAAAUCAUUUUAACAAGUUGGCAUAUCAACGUUUAGCCCAUUACCAACUCGUCCUCCCCUUCCUCCAUCAUCAACAACAACAUCAACAGCAUCAACAUCAGCAACAUCAUUUACAUGAGCGUGAAAAUCAUGAAAUUGUCGAUAAAUCCAAUGUCCCUCUCUUCCACCAUUUCCAUCAUCUCUCCUUUAAUUCUUCAUCCUUUCCUGCUUCAUCUGCUUCUUCCAUCUCUUCUAUCUCCCGUCAUCCUAGCAUCAUUAGAGCUAGAUCUUCUUCUGCUAAUACUGAAGCUGAAUCCUUUUUGGAUUUCUAG